AUGGGAAACGCUUGCUCCGACGGUUGCUUUGGCAUGUUGGGCAGCAAAAAGGUCUCCCAGCUGCGAGCCUGCAAGCAGGAUCUCAAGAAGUUCAUCGACAGCAAAAACUGUCACCCGAUUAUGGUGCGCUUGGCGUGGCAUGACUCUGGCACCUAUGAUCAGCGUAUCAAGAACUUCCCGGAGCGGGGUGGCGCGAAUGGUGCAAUCAGAUUUGCGGGUGAGAUGAACUUCGGUGCCAAUGCCGGCCUGGACAAAGCAAAAGGCUUCCUCGAUGAGUUUGCUAAGAAGUAUCCCGAAAUUUCCUGGGCCGAUCUGAUCCAGCUGGCGUCUGCCGUUGCCAUCGAGUGUGCUGGUGGCCCUGUCAUUGACAUGAAGUACGGACGCGUGGCAGUGACGUCUGACAGCGAGUGUGUCAAGUCAGCAUCCAGGGAGGGCUUCUCGGGCAACGCGGGACUUCCGGAUGCCGAGCCUCCUUUUGGCUGCGGGGCACCUACCGCGGCGCAGCAUCUUCGGAAUGUUUUCACGAAGAAGAUGGGUUUCACGGAUCAGGAGAUCGUGGCGCUCUCCGGUGCCCACACCAUCGGCCGCGCCUUCAAGGAGCGCAGCGGGGCUUGCCCUUUCGGCUACGGCGAGCAGGCAGCUUCGAAGUACACCAAAGGCGAUUGCAUAGUGCGCAAGGAUGGGAGCAAAGGCGUUGGAAUGGUUGGUGGUGCUUCUUGGACGAAGAACUGGCUGACCUUUGACAACAGUUACUUCAAGGACUACAAGCUGUCCUACGAGGAUGACAGCCUCCUUUGGUUCAAAACCGACGAGGCUCUGCACACAGAUCCUGAGUUCAAGAAAUACUUCGAUCUCUACGCGAAGGACCAAGAUGCCUUCUUCAAGGACUACGCCAAGGCCCACAAGAAGUUGAGCGAAUUGGGUUCCAAGUUCGAGCCGGAGGGAGGCAUUAAGAUUUGA